UCAUAGCUCCUUAUAUGCCUCCUUUUGCCAUAAAAGGACUUUCGAGAACACUAGAGGAUCUUUUUCUUCUUCCAUUACUGGCAGGAAACCCUCCAUGGUCAAGCAUUUAAGAUAUUCUUUCUUUCUCUCGCUCUUUUUAUUUUUUUUCGGCCGCUUUCUCAGUUCAAUCUUAUUUCACUUACUAUCUUGUCAGGGAGAUUGGGCUUCGGUCAAGAGGGUUCCACUACUGACCCAAACCCAGCCGCACCAACAGCCGGCAGAUAAAAAAAUUGUCGUAAUUCACCGUCCGUUGGAUGCAACCGUUGAUCAUCUUCUUCAACCAUUACAGAGUUCUCACAUUUUGAAGACGGCGCUUUAUUCACUGCUCAAUGGCCGUUAUAUCGAUCCUUUAUCUGUGCUCAGCAUAACAAGCUUAGAGUGCUGGUCAGUGGUCAUUGCCUGCAACUAGUGUACUGUGGAUUCAGUUGGGGGAAACCAAAUCGGUGACAUUUUAGAACAAAAUGGUAGCCACCUGUGCCAGCGAAAUUUCAGAGGAAUACGAUCGAGCAAGUGAAUUAAAGGCCUUCGACGAGUCUAAAGCAGGCGUUAAAGGUUUAGUUGAUGCUGGGGUCUCCAAAGUUCCUCGGAUGUUCAUUCAACCACCAGAUAACUUGAGAACCUGUAGCCCCCAAUUCAGUUUUCCAGUCAUAGAUCUCCAUGGCAUGGACAGCGAUCCAAUUCGGCGAAAGGAGAUUGUUGAGAUGGUCAGGGAAGCAUCGGAGACGUGGGGUUUCUUCACCGUGGUGAACCAUGGGAUCCCUGAGAGUGUGUUGGAGGAGAUGAUGGAUGGGACACGCCGGUUUUAUGAACAGGAUAUUGAGGUGAAGAAGAAGUUUUACUCGCGUGAUCUAUCGAGAAAGGUGAUAUAUAAUAGUAAUCUUAAUCUUUACAUAUCAAAAGCAGCUAAUUGGAGGGAUACCUUUUAUUGCCUUAUGUCUCCCCAGCCUCUUAACCCACAAGAGUUGCCUGCGACAUGCAGAGAUAUAUUGAUGGAGUACAAGGAGAAAAUUAUGGGAUUAGGACUUAAACUGUUGGAGUUGAUAUCUGAGGCUCUUUGCCUCAAUCCAAACCACUUAAAAGACAUGGAUUGUGCGGAGGGGCUUCUCAUUUUGUGUCACUAUUAUCCAGCUUGUCCACAGCCAGAGCUAACCAUGGCCAGCACAAGGCAUUCUGACAAUGACUUCCUUACAAUACUACUACAAGACCAGAUUGGAGGCCUCCAAGUUCUUCAUCAGGAUCAGUGGGUUGAUAUUCCCCCAGUUCCUGGAGCCCUUGUGAUCAAUGUUGGUGAUCUUCUACAGCUUAUAACCAAUGACAGGUUUAAGAGUGUAGAACACAGAGUAUUGGCGAACCGACGUGGUCCAAGAGUCUCAGUGGCAUGCUUUUUCAGCACAUGUCAUCUGCCAUCCUCAAAAUUAUAUGGACCUAUCAAGGAAUUGUUAUCCGAAGAGAAUCCACCAAAAUACAGGGAAACCACAGUGAGAGACUAUGCUCUCUAUUUGCGCUCAAAAGGGCUUGGUGGGACUUCUGCUCUACCACAUUUCAAGCUCUAAAUUGGUUACCAUAUUUCUGAGUGUUAUGAUUGUUGUCUCAAACAGUUUCCUGGAUUGAAUCCUUGCUUAGCAGCAUAUAUAAAACUUUAGUGUUGAGUAUGAUAUUUGUGGGCAUAUUGAAACUUGAAACCUCUGGUUUUAUAAGUCAUCUGAAAAAUGUCAAUUUAAAACAAAAUAUCCAUGUCUCUCUUCAA